GUCCUUGUAGUUUUGUUACUCGUGGCUCCGUUGCCGAGGGAAAACUGGUUCUUUUAUUCGCGUGCGCGUGGCCGACCGGCCAUGAAGAUCACGCGGCAGAAGCACGCGAAGAAGCACCUAGGUUUCUUCCGCUACAACUUCGGCGUCCGGGAGCCGUACCAACUGUUGCUGGAUGGCACCUUCUGUCAGGCGGCGUUGCGGGGCCGCAUCCAGCUCCGCGAGCAGCUGCCCCGCUACCUCAUGGGGGAGACACAGCUCUGCACCACUAGAUGUGUGUUAAAAGAAUUAGAAUCAUUGGGGAAAGAGUUAUAUGGUGCAAAACUAAUUGCACAAAGAUGUCAAGUUCGAAGUUGUUCGCACUUCAAGGAUGCAGUCAGUGGUGCUGAAUGUCUAUUAUCCAUGAUUGAAGAUGGAAAUCCUCACCAUUUUUUUGUUGCAACACAGGACCAGAAUUUGUCUCUACAAGUAAAGAAAAAACCUGGUGUUCCUCUCUUGUUUAUCAUUCAGAACACUGUAGUUUUGGACAAACCUUCUCCCAAAACAAUUGCCUUUGUCAAGGCAACAGAGUCAGGGCAUCUUGUCUCUGUUCACCAAAAACAGAACAUCAAGAAACUCAAAGAAGAACAAGGUCUAGUGAAAAACCCUGAACAAAAAAAGAAGAGGAAACGAAAAGGCGUGAGUGGUCCCAAUCCUCUUAGUUGUCUGAAGAAAAAGAAGAAGGCACAAGAUUUAAACCAGUCUUCUGCUCCUGAAAAGAAAAAAAGGAAAAGAAUUCGCAUCAGAAAUAGAACAAAAGCACUUUCUGUGCUGUCAGUGAAACAGAAUGCAGAAAUACAGUGCAGUUCUAUGGUUUAAUUGAACUGAAAAGUUUUUAGAAACUAACCAAAACUCUUCAUUUUAUGCAAAAUAAAGCUUUUGAUUUAUGUUAGUAUUUGUGAUGAAAGUUUAAAGAUAUCUUUGUACAUUUGCAUAGGUCUGUUGGUCAUCACUUGAAAAAGAAAAUAAAAAAGUGGAUAAGAAUUGAAUA